UUAUCCCUCUCUGCAGAGUGUGACAUUGUUGGGUCAUAUGACUUGCUUCUGAUUUCGUAUGUCAUGCCAGCGGGGCUCUUAUGAAAGCUCGUGAAGGCUUAUUUUUCACUUCCAAGCAGUCAUGGAGCAGACUUGGGUCUUCCUUACAUGUAUACUGUUCCUUGGAGCAGUUUCGGCUUCAACGCUUUCAGAUCAGGAAUGUAUCACUAAUGCCUAUCCACCAACUGAAAGUCCAGUGGGUUGGGAAGUUGUAAAUCUUGAUUUACCAGCAAACCAAAGGUACAAUGACCUUGCAAGCAAGAAAACAAAGCAGCUUUAUAAUCUGCUGAGUUACAUCAAGAACUUCACAAGCUUUAUUAUGAAUGGAAAGCUGUUUGGGUUUAUUGACAAAGAUUUGGGUCCUCUGGCAGACACUCUCCCAGCUCCAUAUAGAGAUGAAAUCAAAGGAUUAGCUAGUGCUACCGGCAUUCCACUUGGUAUAAAUAUUACUUAGUUUGUUGUGUAGUCAUCAUUAUGGUACCUUUAAAGAAGCACCAUUUUUUGUAACAUAUGUUUUAAAAAUG